AUGGCGCCCAAAUCACCUCCCUCGCCAACUCUCUCACAACUACCUCCGGUGCCAUCGAGCCCAACUUAUUCAUACGCUUCUACCGCAAACCCAAACCUAUCGCAGUUCAACCUGCCACUGCCGCCUCCGCCUAAGCAGGCGCAUGCUGUCCUUACCAAGCACGAUCUCGAAGCAUCACAGGCCGCAUAUGCGGACCUCCUCUCCUCCGCCAAGGCCUUCCGCCUGGCCCUUACAUCGCUCUCCACUGCUGCCUCCGCCUUCGGCUCUGCUCUCGAAUCCUGCGCCCGUCUAAAAGAAGCCCGCGCCGAACAGAUCGUGUCCGACCCGCCCAAUCGAGGCGGAAGUCCGGUACAAGGCGGCCAAGGUCAAGGCGGCGGUCCUCCCCCGCUGUUGAUGAACAACAGCUUCACUUCUGCAGCCCAGGGCACCACAAAGUCCACCUGCACGGCCGACACCCUGCUUACCGUCGCUGGCCUACAGCACCUCGUUGCCAACCACCAGCACAUUCUGUCCGAGACGGUCUACCGCUCGUUCGAGGUACCUCUUCUCCACGAGUUAGACAAGUGGCGUGGCGCGGUUGAGGAUGAAGAGGAAAGCUACGCGAGCGCGGUGGCCGUGCAGUCCAAGGAGAUCAGUCGGUUGGAGAAGGAAGGGAUGAAGCUGCACAAGCAGCGCAGGAGGGACGUGGCCAAGUUCCGGAGCCAUCUCGUCGAGUUGACCACUAAGUUGGACGGUCUCACAACGCUGCAUGGCGAGCAUUCCAGGACGCUCUUGAGGGAGAGUCAAGACACCAGCGCCCGUAUCGUGGAAGCGAGCUGUUCGCUCGUCCGAGCCGAAGUCGACAUUUUCGAGAGUCUGGCGCGGAAGGGGUGGACAGGUGGUGGACUUGAGGAUGUGCUGGAACAGGGCCAAGAUCUUUUCGCCAGCGAGGAUGUGAUCCCGGACAGGACCGUUGGGCAUUCUGACGGCAGGUUUGGCGGGACAGGAGGCAACAUCGUUGCAGGUGGUGCUGGCGACGGCGGCAUAGCGAGCGGCGGUGCCGGUGAGGGAAGUAAGCUGUUCAGCAUCCUGCCGCCAAGGAGUAUUCUUGCCGAUACAACAGGCGGUGGAAGAGAAGAUACACUAAGACUGAGCCUUGCGGGCGCUAUUCACUCCCCCGACAACCAAUCGACAAUCGUCUACUCUCCUCACACACCCCCACGAGACAAGGACUCAGAAAGUGUCUUUUCCUCCGAAGGCUUCAACCGUACACGGGGACCACGUCCCUUCUCCCCUCAACCACAGCCUCUCGCCCUAAACCCCAAGUCCCUCUUCGGCGCCUCCGACCCUCCAUCCCCCACCACCGGGUCCCGACGAAACGACGAAGGAGAACAAGACGCUCUCUUCUCCCCACUCGGCGCCCAGUCUCUCACCCUCCCUCUCCCCGGUAGCAACGGCAACGAGGGCGACGAAGACGACGAAGCCCUCGUCUCUCCCUGGCGCGACCAGAUUCCCUACCGUUUCCGCCCGCCCACCGAGCCCGACGAGGAACAGCAGCAGCAACAACAACAGCAACAGCAGGAGCCAAUCCGGCCGCGAAGCAAUCAAAGCAGCAGCAAGCGAAGCAGCUACUCCGGCCGCCUCAGCAUCUCGCUCGGCAUCAACCGUUCCCUGACCAGCAGUUCUUUGCAGCGGCUCCAGCACCCGUCCGCCGCCUCCACCUCCGCCCUCCCGUCCGAGGAACACGAGCUGAGGGACGGAAGCUGGAGCUACAGCGGGCGCCCCGGCUCAGCAGGCGGGAUGUUGAGCUUCGUGUCCGCCUCGAGAAUGGAUGUCGCCACCGGCACCGGCAGCGGCAGUAACAAUGACUCAGACCACCAGUACCAGAGCCAGGACGAGUAUACCAUCCAUGGCGGCGGCAGCAGUAACGAAAGGAAUGGAGAUCAUCAUCAUCAUCAUCAUCAUCAUAAUGACGGCGAAAGGGAAAGCAAGGAUCGCGACGAAGAAGAAAAUGAUAUCACGCCGACGAUAACACCCAUGACUCCUCCGCCUACACAGACGGCUACGGCAACGGCUAGUUAA